CACCGGAAACUCCAAGAAAACAGGCAACUUUACUUUUCAUCAUUGAAGCACAUGCGUGUCAUUAAAACUAUACAGAGGUGAUAUUUAGAGUGACUAUUGAAUCCUUUUACACAGAUAUAACAUUAGGUCCACUCAUUCACGGGCUAUAGCUGUAUUAAUAAGGUUGUACGGUGAUUUCCGGUGGUUUUGAGGCCAGCUUGACUUCCCGGUGCAGCCUGGCUUGGGAGGCUCGGAUCUUCUGUAAGUUGCUGCUGCUGCUGUUGCCGCUGCUGCCAACGCCCGGCGAAAGAAAUCUAAGCUCGGGCGAAGACCACGGAAAAUCAGCACCCGAAUCACAACAAGAUGCAGACGAUCAAGUGUGUGGUGGUGGGCGAUGGAGCAGUGGGUAAAACCUGUCUCCUCAUUUCUUACACCACCAACAAAUUCCCCUCUGAAUACGUACCCACUGUGUUUGACAACUAUGCAGUAACUGUAAUGAUCGGAGGUGAACCCUACACCUUGGGUUUGUUUGAUACAGCAGGUCAGGAGGAUUAUGAUAGAUUACGACCACUAAGCUACCCUCAGACUGAUGUUUUCUUAGUCUGUUUUUCUGUUGUGUCUCCAUCCUCUUUUGAAAAUGUUAAAGAAAAGUGGGUUCCAGAAAUUACCCACCACUGUCCCAAGACUCCUUUCCUGUUGGUAGGCACUCAGAUUGAUUUGCGAGAUGAUCCUUCCACGGUGGAGAAACUAGCCAAGAACAAACAGAAGCCCAUCACCCCAGAGACAGCAGAAAAACUGGCUCGGGAUCUCAAAGCAGUCAAAUAUGUGGAAUGCUCAGCCUUAACACAGAAAGGGUUAAAGAAUGUGUUUGAUGAGGCAAUACUGGCUGCCCUGGAGCCACCUGAACCUAAGAAAAAACGUAAAUGUGUGCUACUCUAAAGACUCCGCUCUUGUCAUAUUUUGAUUAACAGUACUGAUUUGCACAUUCCAUGAAGAUAUUAUGCAUGCUUCCUGAGAACUACAACUUAAACACACUUAGACUGAGUUUGAAAGUCAGUUCUUAACAUUUUAAUAUUGUGUUGUGCCUUUUAGUUAGUUUCAUAAAAUCUAAACAAAGACCUUGACCAAUUUAAAGGUUUGUAGAUCACAGGAUGUAUUCUCCUUUAUUUGCUCAAGUGCUAUAAAACAAUUGUAACCAAUACUAUAUUAAUAGUGUAAAUAUGCUCUUGGUUUUUUUAGCUUUAGAAUGAAUUUGCCAUAUCAAAACUACAAUGGGACCGUAAUGUGUCGUCACUAAUGUUUGGUGUCCACAUGUUUCGUGCAAAAAAUGAAGUUGAUGAAAUCAUCAAAACGUUUUAGUUUUAUUAGUUUGCCUUGUAAAUACCCUAAUACAACUAACUUAUUAGAGAUCAGGAUCAAAAUGAACUAUUUGGCUUGAGUUCCAUCUUGUAUUGUGUUAUCUUAAGCAAUAUAAUUAUGUAAUAAACUAUUUGAAACUAUGUUUUUUGCCUUGUUUGAUAAGAGCAAACAUGCCAUAGUCAUGCACAUGAUUAACAUCUGAACAUUGAAACAGAGAAGUGACUGAAAGAUCAAUUGUAUUACAUUUAUAAUGGACUGAUAAAAGGUUUUUACAAAAUGA